AUGAAGCUUGAAGUCCAAGUUAUCUCAGAAGAGACCGUUAAACCCUUAUCUCCAACCCCUCAACAUCUCCACCACUACUAGCUUUCCUUCCUUGAUCAGCUUUAACCUCUAGUUUCCAUGCCUCUGGUUUUUUACUACCCAAAUCACAGGGAUGCUAAUCUCCACAAUGUAGAACAAAGUGACCGGAUUAAGAAAUCCUUAGCGGAUGCUUUAACCCAAUUCCACAUGCUAGCGGGACGGGUUAAGGAAAAUCUUUAUAUAGAUUGCAACGAUGAGGGCGUCAACUAUGUGGAACCCAAGGUUAGGUGCAGUCUUUCUGAGUUUCUUGAGAGUCCAACCCCUUCUGAGCUCAAUAAGUUUCUGCCAUUUGAAUUGGACGAAGUCAAUAAAUUACCCACAACAAUCCAAGUCGCCUUCUUUAACUGUGGUGGGCUUGCGAUUGGUGUACUCAUGUCCCACAGAAUUGUAGAUGCCUUAUCUUUUGUCUUGUUUCUCAAUAGUUGGUCUGCUAUUGCUUAA